AUGAAGCUUACUCAUCCACUUGCUUUCGGCGCUGUCUUGCAGCAAGUCUCAGCUAUCGGGUUUUCAACCUACGCACAGAUUGUCGAAGGCGGAGACAACUCCGGACAAAUAACUUAUUCAAAGCCAGAUCGGUCAACUACCCUCUUUCUAUAUAUCCAAAUCACUCCAGACGGAGCGGACCACAGUGCAAUAGUUAACGACUUCAACACUCUUGCCCAAAACUACGGAAGUCAAGGUGUUGCAUUGAUUCCUCGAGUCCGAUACGGCUACUCGGAUGGAUCGGUUACAACGGAGCCAGAUGAGAGCAUAUUGAUGAAUGAUGUAUCUACGUGGGCAGCCGCCUUUUCCAAUAUCACAGGCACUGUGGACAUUCCGGUGAUUCAGGCCGGUUUCCUUGGUGAAUGGGGAGAGUGGCAUGAUGGGCAAUACUGUCAGAAUCAUGGAACGGACGACACGGCAGCAGACCUCAAAGUCAAAGGAGAUAUCGUCAACGCUCUUCUCGACACAGGCCACAAGGUUGCUCUCCGCUAUCCCCAGGAUCACAAGGCUUUAUUCAACGGAAAUCGUUCGGUCACGAUCCAUGACGAUUGCAUUUUUGACGCCGGUUUCAACGGCACUGACGGAGGCACGUGGCCAACAGACGACUUCCAAACUUGGGUUGACUACACCAAGCAAGUGGCUUCCAACAACACUUUUGGAGGAGAAGGAUGCAAGGAUGCUGGCGAUGCGACGUUCGACUGGUCUGAUUACAGCGCUGUAUGUGGAAGUGAUGGUCUGGCUGCUUAUAUCAAUUCGUUUCAAAUUGCCUAUCUUAACGCUUACAACCCGACUGAAUUCGAAUCGUUGUUCAAGGACCCUAGUGAGAAUGAUUGCGUAGAUACGAUCAUGGCUGCCCUUGAGCAAUGGAGUUAG